AUGCACUGCGCUGCAUGCACUUCAGUUAUGGAAAUUAGCAUCAUAUCAUUGACUUUAUUGAAAGGCGAAUUGGGCACGGUACUGCACUACAAUUGUCGAACGGUUCAGAAGUAAGCUGAGCAAGGUUGUCACUACCUUUGUCAGCUGUAUGCUUGGAACUGCCAAUAUUUUGUGACUAAUCGUAAUGAUCACAAUCAGCACUGGUGGAGUGUGCGAAUGAGAAACAAUGCCUUCAGCUGGUCAACAGUGGCUGUGCUUUGUGGGAGACGAUGGCUCGGAGGGGAGAGAAGAAUUCGAGGCGGCGGUGGAGGCCGCGCGACAGCAUCUUAUCCCAUAUAAAACUGUCCCUGCAGAAGAAUUACCAGUGAAUUCUUACGAUUUGAAAUGUGAAGAUGUUAAUGAUAAUUCUGUUUACGUUCUCCGGUCAUUCGGCACGGAUGUGCACCGUAAACUGCAGCAGCGCAAAAGUCGUGUUGUAGGCCCAAUGUGUGUGAUCACAACGCUGCAGGAGCGAACAUGCCUGCCGGAGGCCAGAGAUUGCAAUGUGUUCACUCUGGCUAUGCGCGGUGCGGUGGUGUGCUGCACAAAUGUGGGCGAGCGAGAGGACCGCGACAUGCUACACAACUUGGUGACUCUGAUGGGUGGUUCAGUCAUGCGCUCGUUGACUCAGUCCGUCACUCACCUGCUGGCAGGUGAGGUCGGGUCGGCAAAGUACACAGUUGCUCGCAGCCUGAAGCUUCCGAUUUUGCUGCCAUCAUGGGUGGAACAGGCAUGGGAGGUGAGCCGCAAGCUGCCCGUAAAUGCCACGGGUGCUGAGUUUGUGGCGAAGCACCCGUGCCCGUCGUUGAAAGGAGUCUGUGUGUGCGUGACGGGCGUCGAUGCCGUGUUGCGCAAGAAUAUCCGCAGUGCUGCCGAGGAGAACGGUGGCCAGUACUGUGGCGAACUCAGCAUGGAGUCCACCACACACCUGAUUGCACACACAGCUGGCGGAGAGAAGUACAAACAUGCGCGCCUGUGGGGCAUCCCAUGCGUCAAACCUACCUGGAUCUUCAAGUGCGUAGAAACCCGCGCCUAUGUGAAUCCAUCUGAUUUUGAAAUCGAGCCUGGUUCAACUGCACCACUGAAACUCUCGGGACAAGAUGCAGCGGGAUCCGACACGCAGGGACCUGAUGCGAGCCGAAAGCGCAAGCGUGUCGCAGACUCUAUUGAGAAUCCGUCCGCGAAGCGCAGCAUGGUGAUGGCCCGCAGCUCCUCCAGCGGAUUCAUAUGCAGCGAUGUCCCGCCGCGCUACGCUGACCUGGCGGCAGUGCAGUCGUCCAACUCGGCGUACCUGGACGGAUGCAAGAUCUUGCUGCAUGACUAUGGCGGCGCCAUGCUGGACUUGCUGCGGCGCGUGAUCAACUGCGGCGGCGGUACUCGAUUCAACCAGCUCAACGCCACCGUCUCCCAUAUCAUUCUGGAGCGACCUAGCAGCGAUAUCCGCCAGCGCCUGGAAGCCAUCCAAGGUGUUCGUCCCCACGUCGUCACUUCCUCUUGGCUGCUGGAGUCGUGCCGAUGUGAAAGCAGAGUAGUUGAGGAGAAGUACGUAUGCUGUGGCAUGGAGAUUGAGGAGAAGCAGCCCAGUGCCACCGACAGCUCUAUGUUGCGCCAACGUGAAGUAACGCCUUCAACUGUGAGCAUGCCUCCGCCGGACUUACCUUGUCCAUCUACAGAGAAGCAGAAUGACAAAGAUGCUGGAAACAUCCUCGCUCAGUAUCUACCCACAGCGGAAGCAUCUGGUUCAUCCUCAUCGUCCAGGUCCAGUUUGUCCACCGGCAACAAUGUGGCAACGAAUCGGUCUACUUCUCAAACAGCAGCGCGUGAUGCUUUGUUUUCAUCCCUUCCCCCGUUCCACGUUCGCACUGGCGAUUCUGUGUGCAACGCUCUGGUCACGAAACUGCUGCAGAAAGAUGGCGGUAAGCUCUGUAGUGAUCCAAGUGCAGAGUCUUACUCAGUCUGCGGUCUAGCUGAUGAGCGUACGGCUGGUAGCAACCAAGUGACUAUGUUUUGGAUUGAGCAGUGCAUCUUGGCUGGGGAAAUCCUCGCUCCCAGUUCAGACCCACUCUUUGAGCCGAACGGUUUCGAUUCCGCGCGGACGUUCAUGCGCGGCGCCGUCCUGUCGCUAUCACAGUAUGACGGUCAGCUGAGGACUCAGCUGUCCAAGCUCGCCAUCUGCAUGGGCGCUACCGUUCAGGAUCACUUUGUGCGGAAGGAGAGCAAGGGCUUGAAGGCCAGCACACACCUCCUAUGCGAGAGUGCCGCCGGCUCAAAGUAUGCAGCAGCCCAGCGCUGGUCACUGCCAGCUGUCGAUCACAGGUGGCUGGUGGCCUGCUCGCAGCAGAGACGACUAGUACCCGGGGAGGACUUCCAAGUUGGUGCUGAGUCGGAGAAAGCACCAUCGUGCACAACUACACCUGCCAGAGCAGCGGCACAGCAGACGACACUUGGAAAGAAUGGACAUGCUCACACCGCUGCCAAACGAUCUACUCCAGUUGCGUCCAGCACCGCGUCUACAACACCCAGUGCAAGAACUGGCGUGAUUGGUAAUCAUUUGCCAUUUCAGCCAUCGUUCGACACCGCCGACGUUGUCGCUGCUCUCCAGUCGCCAGCAGUGGUCGCAACGAAAAGAGCUAAUCGCAGCAGUGGUGUCGGGCUUGCAGAGAUGUUCCAGAACAACUUGGCGUCGGCCGUUGGUGUGUGUAGCGCCGCAACAGCCACGGAAAACGAAAGCACUGAUGUCGCCAAGGAACCGGUCACCGCCACUCCAGCACCAGAGAAAAAGAGUUCUCCUCCGGCCAGUAAUGGUCGUCGUUCCAUGCGUCGUGGCAAGAAGCAACUGAAAACGCCAUUGGAUGGUGUGACAGUACAGCCAGUGACCAGCAGUAGCCAGCGGCUAGCAGCAGCUGAACCUUCAGUUGGUGCAGCACCAGCAGCAGCAAUAACUGCCUCUGCGACUACAGACAGUCCCAAGGGAGUACCCCCUGUCAAAGUGGAAGCAACCAACCUAGCCUCGCCACAGAAAGAAAACUUGCCUGUCGUGUUAUCUCCAGACGCAAAGCAAUCAGCUGCCACUGCUGUGGAAAUCCCUGCAGCGGGCACACUAGAAGUUCGAGAGGCGUUUGAGCGCGAAAUGGAAGGCCUUAUGGCGCUGACGAGUAGUCGGAAUUCAAACGGGCGGUCGUCAGUUCGCCGUAGCACUCGGAUCAAUCGGAGCAGCAGCGUUCGUAGUCCUGCCACUGAAAGGACCUCCGAUGACUCUGGCAUGAUAGGCUCUGCACUGACUCAUUUUGGCAGCAAAUCCUCGCUUAGUGGGUCAACAAUUGGUGCACCUGACCUUGGUCACGGCUUGGAUGACGGAGGGAAUGGAGUGGAAUCGUCACAGAAUGAAGUAAUAACCUAUGAUGAUCCCAACGGACGCUUGGAGCGUGAACGCAUCAUUGCCGAGUUGAAAGAAGCGCCCGACUUGCCAGACGAACAUCCUACGCCAGCCACCUCGUCCAUGUCUGAAACGGUUGCCAAAGUCUUUCCCGUUGUGACCGAGACAGCAGCAAGCAACGAUGCCGCGCUACGCAUGUCUUCAGCUAGUAAUCCUGGCGUGGCCACAACACCAACACCGCCUGUUCCUGUGCCAAUGAUUGCAGCACUGCGGCCGGCUGCAAAGACGCGGCCGCCUCUUGCCACCGAGGACCUCGCAGUGUCGCAGGCGAAGAGUCGAGCAGCCCAGCUGAAGUUCCAUCUCACGGCGUUGUCACAAGCGGAGAAGGCGGACUACAUUGUUCUGAUUGAGAAACUUGGUGGGAAAGUAUAUGACACGAUGUUUUUCUCAACGUCCUCCACCCACCUCAUUGUGGGGAAGCCAAGCCGCAGUGAGAAGUACCUGGGAGCUCUGGCCUCUGGCAAGUGGCUGCUGCGGAAGUCAUUCAUGGAGGCCAGCCGCGAGGCAGGUCAUUUUGUCGAGGAGUCUUCCCAUGAGUGGGGAAGCCAGCUGCAUCGCCAGGGCAAGCCGGAGCCCAUUGAGCUGGCCGCCCAGCGGUGGCGUGUCUUCCUCCACGACGAGCGCCUGGCACAGCAGCUCGACGGCGCCCCGUCCCGUGUUGCCGUGGGCGCGUUCACUGAUUGGCGCGUGCUGCUGGCCGUGAGUCGGGACAAGCAGGCAGGCCUGAAACGCCUGCUGGAAGCCGGCGGUGCCAAGAUCGUGAAAGUGACGCCACCUUUCAACAACCUGAAAGGUGUAACGCAUGCAUUCAUUGAGGUUUCCAAGGCUCCAGCCGGUAGCAUCGACUAUCCCAAGCUCAAAGAAGCAUCUAUCCACUGCUGCCGCCCUGAGUUUAUAGCUGAGUACUUGAUCCAGGAUCCAGCUCCCGACGUUGAGAAGUACUACCUCUCUGAUGUCUACUCGAAGCGACAAUCUGCAUAGCUGUGAAUGCUAGUGGCCGGCUUCAUGCCGCCUUUAGGAUAGCUUUCUCUUCGGUGUGAACCUAUCUCGCUUACCUCCAGGGUUGUGACUAAACUUGCCACUCCGCUGGACUGGGGCUCAUUUUUCGUACAUUCCAAGGCAUCUUAGUACUUGUACUAAGGGACAUGUGCUCAACCUUCACCUUCUUCCUUUUCUCUCUGUUGAACUGCACUGAACUCGGCUUCCACGUUCUUACAAACCUGCUUCUAUUCCUGCUUUUACUCGAUCUGACGUUGUUUUUCUCAGUAGGUCCGUACCUAGUCUAAAGUUUCAAAUUCCUUCGAUGGACAUGUACAUGCUGGUGCUGAUUUGUGCAAUUUCUGCUCGUACAGUCACCUGAUUCUCAGUGGUGUACUCAUGUGUUUGCCCAUGUUGUAAAGUGUGCACAUUUGCCUGGACAUGCUGCAUUGUUUUUACAAUUUCAAAAUGCUGCUGAUUUAGCUAGCAGGUGCACUGCCGCACUAGGCAUCUUCCAAUGGCUUACGCAAAGCUUGCACAAAUGCUGGUCCUAUGACCAAAGAGAAAUAUAAUAAGAAAAGAA